AUGUUAUCCAUCUUUGGAUAUUCCGCCAAGAACCCUGACCACAAUGGCCCAUCACUUGGUUCAUCUGCGUGGGUGUUCGGGGCACAAUCAUUCAACUACGACGAGUUUUCCAAUGGCUUCUUCGGCAGCGCCGCCGUAGGUAACACCCCCAUCGCCUUCAACGGCACGCUCUACUCUGGCGGUGGAUCAGGCGCUACCUCCCAAUCGCUCGCCGUCUCCCCUUUCGAAGCCAUCGUUCACCGCGCUUACGAAGACGGCACCGCGCUCUUCUGGGACUUCCACAACGGUAAUCCAGCCGUUAAUCCAGCCUCAGACGCCUGCCUCGUCAUUGGCAACGCCUACGCCACCGAGGGCGCCGAUCGCCCCGCUGCCCGUGACGACUACACCGACGGGCUGAUCAAGCACGUCGCCGCUCAGUGCAACAACACCAUCGUCGUCUUCCACAACGCCGGCAUCCGCCUCGUCGACCAGUUCGUCGACCAUCCCAACGUCACCGCCCUCAUCUUCGCCCACCUCCCCGGCGAAGCAUCCGGCAAGGCGCUCGUCUCGCUGCUCUACGGCGAGUCCAAUCCCUCCGGCAAACUCCCUUACACGGUCGCACGUAACGAGUCCGACUACGCCGUGUUUGGACCCGAUCUCCCCGAAGCUGGCAUCUUCCGCAAGUUCCCGCAGAGUAAUUUCUUCGAGGGAGUGUUUGUUGACUACCGCCAUUUUGACGCCAAGAACAUCACACCGCGCUACGAGUUCGGCUUCGGCUUGGGCUACACUACUUUUUCGUAUGGUAACCUCUCCAUCGAAAAAGUCGCUGAUGCGAACACGGACGAAUACCCCACCGGCGAAACCCGCGAGGGAGGGCAGGUUGAUCUGUGGGAUAUCCUCGUCCGUGUCAAGACUGAGGUCAGCAACACGGGCGGUCGUGACGGGGCGGAGGUUGCGCAGCUAUAUGUUGGGAUUCCGGAUGAGGGGGCGCCGGUGAGGCAGUUGAGAGGGUUUGACAAGGUGUUUGUGGGUGCCAAGGGACAGAAGACGGUCGAGUUUGAGUUGAUGAGGAGGGAUUUGAGCGUGUGGGAUACGGUGAGGCAGAGGUGGAGGCUGAUGAAGGGUGGGAAGUAUGUGCUUGAGGUUGGCGGGAGUAGUAGGGAUUUACCGCUUAAGGGGACGGUUGAACUGUAA